CCUUUAUCUGCAAGUUUUGUGAAGGUGUCUAUUAUUUUUCUCGGUUUACUCACUUUUAUUUUUAACAUCACAUUUUUGUUAACAGUUUCAAAAACUAGAGUURAUAUUUCAAAAUACAACUUGUUGAAUUUGAUUGAGACUCGUAUUGUAUGGGAAGGUACGAUAGAUGAUGUUGGGCAGAAAAGUGAACUCCAUGGACUCAGCCAACAUAUGUGGCUGAACGUGUGCUGCUCAUGCGUGGAUUCUCUUUGCAACGUUCCACUUUUUCCAAAAGCUCCAAACAAAAGAACAAUCAUCAAUGGAACAGAAUUCUCUUGGCCCGGAAAUAAAAGAUACRCGGAGAGAAUCUUUGGUUUUCUUCAGCCUCCGAAAACCGCUUCGUAUAGGUUCGCUAUUUCUUCGGAUGAUUCGUCGGAGAUUUGGCUCAGUUCCGAUGAGAAAAGUGAGAAUUCAGUUCUUAUCGCCAAAGUAGGAGAAAAGAAACAAAACGCCUGGGCAUACAAAUAUGAUUACUGGAAAUAUUCUACUCAAAUAUCCAAUGAAAUAGAACUCAUAGCGGGCAAGAAAUACUUCAUCGACAUCAUCCAUGUACAAUUUGGUCAUGACGAGCAUCUUGUUGUCCAGUGGAAAGACUCUGUUAAUGCAAACUUUUCUGACAUACCACUAGAAUAUUUAUCCCCCUAUUUUACAGAAGAUUCGGAUACUAAUCUUGACAUUUUUCACUACGAUGUUUUGAUACCCGAGGCUGAAAGCUGCAAGAACUUAACCACAGAAAAUCCCUUUUUGCUUCAACGUCAUCUCACGUACGCAGAACAUGAUGAAUUCAAACAAGUUUUACCAGUUGUUGAUUUGGGAUUCUUAAACGAAAUUCACCACUCAGAAAGGAGCCUCAAGGAACCGUACGAAUCACUAUCGAAACAUUUCCAUGGAACGAACGUCUAUCCGUUUGAGCCGAAGGUGAAGAACAUCUUUGAAUGGGAUGUAGUACCUUGGGAUUCGUUCGGUAUGGGAGAAGAGGACGCUAUGGCCAUUGUAGCAUCCUAUAUGGACAGGUUGAAUGCUUCUACUAAUGAG